GUAUUCAGUGCAGGUGUACCUCAGGUGAUGCGGAAUCCCCUGGCGCAGUGUCAAUUUCGCGGUUCAACGUUGUCCGUAAACGGUGAGCUUCAACAACAAGCAGCAGCGUUUGCCAGGAGCCGUCAGCCGUCGAUGGGCAUCGACACAGACAUGGUUAGCGAGUUCGACCCGAGCAGCUCAGACUCGGGCGUGGUGGCCCAAUGUACAGCAGUGAAACCUCUGAAGUUGAGACUCUGUAAGCCGAUUUUCGGCCGUAGUAAAAUUACCAAAAAACGUAGCAAAACUGAGGAGAAGACGUCUCAGAAAGUGUCCUCGCCUAGUGAAAAAGUGGUACUAGAACAUAUUGUGCCGCGAGUGCAAAAACCCAGGGACCCAGAACGUGAAAAACGAAGACUAGCUCGGAAGAAAGAGAAGAGAGCUACGCUGAUUUUGGGGCUUAUCAUGGGGUCUUUCAUAGCGUGUUGGCUGCCUUUCUUCUUCAUGUACAUAUUGAGGCUGGCCUACGAUAUUCCCGGAUUCGCCUUCUCGACGGCCUUUUGGCUCGGUGAGUUUCGAUACAAUGAUCCAACAAGGUUCAAAGUUCAAAAAAGUUAA